AUGGCCGAAAGUGAAAGCCAAAUUACAUGUCCUAUUUUUUUGGAGGAGGAAGACGUAAAAAUAGUCGACGUUCUGUCUGAAAACACAAAGAGAAACAAAAGAAAGAAAAAAAAGUCCACAGCAACAAAUACUGUAAUAACACAACAAACCCAAGAGUUCCGAGAAACUAUCGCAAGUCCCGUAGACAUAAAUGAUAAUGUCAUACCCAGUAGGAACGGCGAACCCAUACAGAGCAGUGCAGAAUCGUCCCUAACAGCCCAAGCAUCACUGGGCUAUGCAAAAUUGUCUCCUGAAGGCAAACCUAGUACAACGCCUGUCACCCACGAACAAUACAUAGAUACUGACUUUUCGAACGUGAUCGACUAUAUAAAACCUCUCUUUAAAGCAAUAUGUAACCAAACAGAGUGCCUUAGCAAGGCGUGUCCUCAGGUGAGAAGGGCAAGAGACGAACUUAUAUCUCACGAGGUAUUCCCGGAUUCUGCUUCCAUAGCCCGUACACUCUUGACGCUCGCGAGAACAGUGUCCGUUUGUACAAAGGCAAUUGAUACACUCAUCACCACCAACACCGUGCAAAAUAACAUAUGCGAAUUUGGAAAUAAUAGCAACAUGCAUACCAAAGCACCAAUUGUAACACAGAAUCAAGAAUCCUCCUCAAAUCAUAGUGACACUACCAGAUGUGGUAAGUUCGAUAUCGCCUACGAAAAGAACACGGAAGUCCAAUCGACUGAUGAUGCGAUAAACGAUGAUAUUCACGUCAGUCGCGAAACAACAGAUGCAUGCAUUGAAUCAUGUUCAAGAAAUGCGGAAGAAAACAACAUAAUAUAG